AUGCAGUACGUCCGAAGCUUAGGGAGCGGUGUCUCCAAAACCUGGAAUUCCAUCAACCCGGCCACGCUGUCUGGAGCCAUCGAUGUUGUCGUUGUUGAACAACAAGAUGGCACUCUGGCAUGCUCCCCUUUCCAUGUCAGAUUUGGGAAAUUUUCCCUGCUACGUCCUUCUGAAAAGAAGGUCGAGUUCAAAGUCAACGGCGCCAAGCAGAACUACGCCAUGAAGCUCGGCGACGGAGGGGAAGCCUUUUUUGUGUUCGAAACCUCAAACGACAUUCCAGAAGAUCUCCAAACGUCGCCCUUGGUCUCUCCCGCGAGUAGCCCACCAGUUUCUGCUUCUGACAGACCACCAUCACCAGGCCUACUUGAACCAUCCUUUCUAGAUAUUUCCGAAAAGACCCGGAAUCCACUGGACCUGGCCUUCUCCCAGACCCCAGUACCGACAAUCAGGAGAGAAGGCACCAAUCUCAGUGAUAUGGUUAUCUACCAAUCGUCUACAUCUUCCUCUAGUCUCCCAAAUGCGUUGCUUUCCGAAGCAGCAUUGGUAGCACCUCCUCUCGACCGUGCAGCUUCCGAAGAAGUUCUUCCUGUCACCACUAGAGAACAUCUAGACCUUGUCAGUGGAGCUUUCCAGUACAACGGUGUCGCCGUUUCUCCACAACGUAACCCAGAUGGAACAUACACCGCGAAAUCCUCGUCGAGUCCACCGACUUUGAAACCGAUAGAAGCCUACAACAGAGCCAUGACUUUGUCGAAGAAACUGUCAUCAUCCAACAUACGUUCCAAGGUGACCGAUUCUGGAGAUUUGAUGCUUGACAUGACCGGCUACAAGACUAGUGAAGAUGAAGCACUCCGAGCCGAAGCCGUGGCGCGGAAACUCCUCUCCGAGGAACUAGAAGGGAAUUAUGACAUCGGCUCCCUCAUAGGUACUGAUGACCAGGGCAACCUCUGGAUCUACAGUAGCGAAGAAGCUCGGGAUGCUGCCAAUCGAAAGGCAAACAAUGGCAUUCUCGAGGCUACAAACGCUUUCUCACAAACCGACACGGCUUCUGAUCCUGGUUACCAUAGUGAUAGUGAUCGCAGUCCGUCCCCACUACUUAAUGCUAAACUACAACCCCACGGUCAUCAACGUGCUCAGUCCGAAGAAUAUCAGCCUCCACCUCGUAUGUCGGGUGAGCAGGGCCGGAAUUUCGCCAAAACCUUGCGACUGACAAGUGAUCAACUGAAGAGUCUCAAUCUUAGAUCAGGCGAAAACACCAUGUCAUUCACGGUGAAUCGAGCGACAUGUACUGCUUACAUGUACUACUGGAAAUGGGAUGUCCCCAUUGUGAUUUCAGAUAUCGAUGGAACCAUCACAAAGUCUGAUGCUCUUGGGCAUAUCCUAACCUAUGUAGGGCGUGACUGGACUCACGCCGGUGUGGCCAAAUUAUAUUCAGAUAUCGUCGCCAACGGUUUCAACAUUUUCUACCUCACCAGCCGGGCAGUAGGCCAAGCGGACACCACCAGAGCUUACCUAAAUGGCGUCGUUCAAGAUGGUUGGAAACUGCCUCGCGGGCCAGUUAUCAUGAGUCCAGAUCGGACCAUUGCCGCCUUGCGUCGCGAGAUCUACCUUCGCAAGCCCGAAGUAUUCAAGAUGGCUUGUUUACGAGACAUCCUUGGACUGUUUCCUGGAAAAACCAAUCCAUUUUACGCUGGUUUUGGUAAUCGAUUUACCGACGCCCUAAGUUAUCGCAGUGUCAAUAUUCCAUCAUAUCGAAUCUUCACCAUCAACUCCAAUGCCGAGGUUUCACUGGACCUGCUGACCAUGAACAAGUAUCGAAGUAGCUACGUUACCAUGCGUGAGCUUGUCGACCACUUCUUCCCACCUAUUUCGACACUUGUUAAGGAAGGCGGAGAAGAGUAUACCGAUUUUACCUACUGGCGCGAGAACCCUGCUGACCUGGAUAACUUCGUACCCACUGACUCUGAGGGAGAAGACGACGACGAAGAUGAAUUCGAUGAUGAGGAUGAGGCAGAAGUUGCAUCAGAAAAUGAUUUGGGCGAUAGCUAUCUCUCGCGAGACAGCAUAGAAGAGUCGGGCUUGGGAGACUCCAUUCGAGAAUCUAUCGAAGUAGAUGACACUGCAGAAAGCCUCGAGAACUCGCAAUACUUUGACGACGAAGACAGCCAAAACCGAACAUUGGAAGGAGAUUUUACCAACGACUACCUUGGCGAUAGCUCGAAACGAUCACGAACGAAAUCGUCCUCUGAAACGCCUAUACCGUCUCCAAAGCCUUCGCAGGGCAAGCUCAAUGGUGCAAAACGAUAA